AAUAUAGUUGCUUCACCUAUUGGUACCCAUAAUUGGUACAUUCACACAGUGAUCGAUUCACAUUUCAACCUUUUUGUAUUUCCCGUACAAAGAAACAUCAUGGGGAAAGUUAAGUGUUCUGAUUUAAGGACUAAAGAUAAGAAGGAGUUGCUAAAGCAACUUGAUGAGUUGAAGACAGAGCUUACUAGCUUGAGAGUAGCUAAAGUAACCGGAGGAGCUGCUUCAAAAUUAUCUAAAAUCCGUGUUGUGAGGAAAGCUAUUGCUCGUGUAUAUAUUAUUAUGCACCAAAAGCAAAAAGAAAAUCUUCGUCUGCUGUUCAGAAAUAACAAAUACAAACCAUUAGAUUUAAGGCCAAAGAAAACCAGAGCAAUACGCCGCAAGUUAACGCCUUAUCAAGCUGGCAAAAAAACAUUGAAAGCGAUUCGCAAACAGUCUAUAUAUCCUCAAAGGAAAUAUGCUCUAAAGGAAUAAUAUGUAUUGUUUUUACAUAUAAAUAAAACAUAAAAAUAACAAUUUA